UGAGAAACAACGUGGCAUUCGCAAGCCACUGCGGGUUUUUAUACAUGAUUCCUAGAUAAGCUAACGAACACGAAACACUUCGAAAUGCUAUUCAGCAGUUGUUGUUCGUAAUAUAAAUAUAAGAUACUUAAAAAUAUUUAUACUUCAUUGAAAUCUUGACUGUCAAUUUCUCGUACAAGUGGAAUAACGUUCUAUACACACAAGAUUGAGGUUACGUCGGCAAUGACCACGUCAAUGAAGGAAAAUGGAAAAGGAUAACGUGGAAGAUGGGAUCCACGAACCCAACCACGUACACGAACGUUCAGAUUUACGAGGCGACGAAAAUAACAUAGCUAUUCUUUUAUUUUUAUAUCUGUUGCAAGGAAUACCAUUGGGUUUAUGCGGUUCUAUUCCUAUGUUACUUCAAAAUAGAGACGUUUCGUAUCGUCAACAGGCUGAAUUUAGUUUUGUACAAUGGCCUUUUUCCUUGAAACUUUUCUGGGCACCGAUAGUAGACUCUGUAUUUUCUCAAAAAUUUGGAAGAAGGAAAACAUGGUUAAUCCCGACUCAAUAUUUAAUGGGCAUUUUUAUGCUGUUACUAUCGAGCCAUGUGGAUCACUGGCUAGGUAACGAAACCACAAAGCCAAACAUAGAGAUGUUGACCAUAAUAUUUUUUGCUCUGAAUGUUUUGGCUGCAACUCAAGAUAUCGUAGUAGAUGGUUGGGCACUUACAAUGUUGAAAAGAUGCAAUGUGGGAUAUGCAUCGACUUGUAAUAGUGUCGGACAAACUGCAGGAUAUUUCAUUGGUUAUGUCCUGUUUACGGCACUGGCAUCAGCUGAAUUUUGUAAUAGUUACUUAAGGUCAAUUCCUUCCAAUGAGGGUAUCGUGAAUUUGUCCAAUUUCCUUCAUUUUUGGGGUUGGAUAUUCAUAAUUACUACUACUCUAGUUGCAUUAUUUAAACGCGAAGAUUCCGAAAAAAUGCACAAAGACGAAGAAUUGAAUACGGAUAUCAAACAUGCCUAUAGAUUACUUUGGAACAUUGUCAAAUUACCAUCUGUGAAGACGAUUAUUAUAUUCUUGUUAACUGCUAAGAUAGGGUUUUCUGCUUGCGAAGCCGUAACGGGUUUGAAGUUGAUAGAAGCUGGUAUACCGAAAGAAAAAUUUGCCCUUAUGGCUGUGCCUCUGAUACCCUUACAAAUAUUAUUACCAUUAGCAAUUUCGAAAUAUACAGUGGGCGCAAGACCCAUGAACGUGUACAUAAUGGCUAUGCCUUAUAGGUUAGCUUUUGGAUUAGUUGCUGCGCUUUUGGUGUGGGUGACACCGUACGUUGUAACGGGGGGACAAGUUCCAGCUUACUACUUCAUAGUUUUAAUAAUUCUUUAUUUGAUACAUCAGAUUUUUACGAGUAGUAUGUUUGUGGCAUCGAUGGCGUUUUUUGCAAAAAUUAGCGAUCCAGCUGUUGGUGGUACCUACAUGACAUUGUUAAACACGCUAUCUAACCUUGGUGGUAAUUGGCCAGCAACGGCAGCUCUUUGGUUCGUUGAUUCGUUAACGUUAAGACAAUGCAGCACCGAUCCUUCGAAUGACUGUAGCACAAUUUCGAAAAGAGAGUUUUGCACGAACACGCACAAUGGUGUUUGUGAUAUGCAAUUUGAUGGGUACUAUAUAGAGAGUAUUUUGUGCCUAAUCAUAGGAUUUGCCUGGCUCAGGUGGGGUCGACGAAAAAUCGAUCUUUUACAAACACGACCAAUGUCUGCUUGGAAAGUUAUUCUUUCGAAGGAGAGUAGAUAACAGUAUUGAAUUCACGAUACAAUUUGUCGAUACGAUACCUGUAAUUAUUAAGAAAUUGUACAAAUUAAAUAUGCGUAUAUUGGUCGAGUGUCCGCUGUGUGCUCGGGUGAUUUCCCGCACGUCCAUCAAGUGUUCCAAUUAUAUUAACGCAAAACUUUUAUCCGGUUUCACGGUUUUUCUUCCUUUUUUCUUUUUAUUUUCUCUUUUUUUUUUAUUCGAUGAACGAUCGAUGAAAAUUUGAUACUUGAUUUGAUACCAAAAAUUUUUACGAUAUUCGAUUCGAUAUCAUUUUUCGUAUA